GGCAAAGGUCCCCGGAGCCGGCGGCCAGCCGAGACUGCGAGUGCUGAGAAGGCGACUGCAGAGUGCUGAAAAGGCGACAGCAGAGCAGGGCCGGGUAGUGGCGCGAGAUCCUGCUCUCUCCCAGGCCACUGUGGACAUGUGCAAGGGGCCCACCCCUUGGUCCAGAUGACACUCAUGUCGAUGGCUUCAGUGAUGGCGGUGACUGAACCAAAAUGGGUCUCAGUCUGGGGCCGCUUCCUGUGGGUGAUACUGCUGAGCAUGGUGCUGGGCUCCCUGCUGGCCCUGCUGCUGCCGCUGGGGGCCAUGGAGGAGCAGUGUCUGGCUGUGUUCAAAGGCUUCUACCUGCUCAGGAGCAAGUUGGACAGGACCCAGCCUGCCAUCACCAAGUGCACCAGCCCGUCCACGGAGCUCAGUGUCACCUCCAGGGAUGCAGCACCGCUGGUGGUCAAGACCAAGGCCUCUCCAGCCAACAAGUUAGAAGCCAAAGCAGCUUUGAACCAAGCCCUGGAAAUGAAACGCCAGGGCAAGCGGGAGAAAGCCCACAAGCUCUUCCUGCAUGCCCUCAGCAUGGACCCGGGCUUCGUGGACGCGCUUAAUGAGUUCGGCAUCUUCUCAGAAGAGGACAGGGACAUCAUCCAGGCUGACUACCUGUACACCAGAGCGCUGACCAUCGCGCCCCACCACAAGAAGGCGCUGGUCAACCGCGACCGCACGCUGCCGCUGGUGGAGGAGAUCGACCAGCGGUACUUCAGCAUCAUCGACAGCAAAGUGAAGAAGGUCAUGUCCAUCCCCAAGGGCAACUCGGCACUGCGCCGGGUCAUGGAGGAGACGUACUACCACCACAUCUACCAUACAGUGGCCAUCGAGGGCAACACUCUCACCCUCUCAGAGAUCAGGCACAUCCUGGAGACCCGCUACGCCGUGCCAGGGAAGAGCCUGGAGGAGCAGAAUGAGGUCAUCGGCAUGCACGCGGCCAUGAAGUAUGUCAACACGACGCUGCUCUCCCGCAUCGGCUCUGUCAGCAUCGGCGACGUGCUGGAGAUCCACCGGCGGGUGCUGGGGUACGUGGAUCCCGUGGAAGCCGGCCGCUUCCGCACGACACAGGUCCUGGUGGGCCACCACGUCCCGCCCCACCCUCAGGAGGUGGAGAAGCAGAUGCAGGAGUUCACCCAGUGGCUCAACUCAGAGGACGCUAUGAACCUGCACCCAGUGGAGUUUGCGGCCCUGGCACACUAUAAACUCGUCUACAUCCACCCCUUCAUCGACGGCAACGGAAGGACCUCGCGCCUGCUCAUGAACCUCAUCCUCAUGCAGGCGGGCUACCCGCCCAUCACCGUCCGCAAGGAGCAGAGGUCCGAGUACUACCACGUGCUGGAGGUGGCCAACGAAGGCGACGUGAGGCCGUUCAUCCGCUUCAUUGCCAAGUGCACGGAGACCACCCUGGACACCCUGCUCUUUGCCACCACGGAGUACCCUGUGGCACUGCCAGAGGCCAGACCCAACCACUCUAGGUUCAAGGAGACGCUGCCUGUGAAGCCCUAACGCUCCAAAUCCUCCCUUGGUGGCAAAGGAUGUCCCAGGGGGGAAUAAAUCCAAGAAACUCAGCAUUUCUAGAAACCUAGUCAUCUCCCAGAGCAAGAGGAAGAUGGGUAAGGAACUUAAACAUUCUUUCUAAAAGCAUUCUUUCCAAAUGCUUCUUUAAAGAAGAAAACUAAAUUAUUAAGCCUUGUCCCUAAGGUAACUUAUAAUUGAGCCCAGUUAUUUAUUUCCCUCUGAGCUGGUAAUGUGUGGUGUCAGCUGUCUGUGCUGGUGGCCCCGAUCCUUGGGGUGGCCCCAGCAGGCUUUGGGGGCAUCAGUGCUCCUUAUGUGACCAGAACACAGGUUCUGGAGCAGAAUCUGCACUGCGGUGGGGGAGCUGUGGGAUGAGGUCCGGAGGAGUAACUCCUUGCAGCCCUUUCUGGAACCGGCCCCGAGGGUCCGUGACUACCUGAGAGAAGUCAGCACGGCUGAGGAGAACCCGGUCGCAGCUCUGAGAAGUGACUGAAAGCUUCCUUGCGUACAGGUGUUGGCUCCCCUACCAAGAGGUUAGUGUUGUGACUAAUCCUUACCGGCAGAGCAAGUUUCUGAGAGAUGAAAUGAACGUUUACAAUAUAUCUAGUUAGAUACCUCACUUAUUUCAAGGAAGAUUCUUUGAGCCAUAGUUUGCAAACUCCGGUACCAGAGGCUGUUAUUUUGCCACAUCGACCGUUUCUCUAAUUAAGAACAGGGGCAUGGCUGUCCUGGGUUCUUUGUAUUGAUGUUUCUCACAUUUGCAGCAAUUCAGACCAGAUGUUUCAGUCUAAAGGUUCUUCUGGGUUUGUCACUUAACAAAUCCUGCUGCAAAUCAGGCAUUAGGACACAUCUGAAGACAGACGCCUAGUCAGUACCCAACAAGCAUUUGUGAGGAGUCGGAGCGGCAGUUCACAGGAGCCGAGAAACACCUUUGAUCGCAGCCAGGAUGCGUCCCUUUAAUCCACUCACCUGCCCCCACAGCCAUUGUCCCCUCGGGGAAGCGGAGCAGAUUGCUUUGGAGUGGCCUUAUGUUCCUAGCAACUUGUUAAAGGAUAAAAUGUUACAUGUAACAAAGCCAAGUUUCCAAGUUGGCUGCUGCUGUUUAGUCUGAAUGGCUGGAAGCCAUUGGGUCCCUUUUCCAGUGACCGAGCUGGCGAUGUCUAACACUGUACGCACUU